CCUUUGCAUACUAUAUAGACAUUGUUGAUUAAGGAUAUUCCCACUAAGCAAUUUAAAAGAUUCUUUUAUGCUACCCAAAGAACAGAGAUUAAACCUCGUAACCGCCGCAAGAGUGUUCUCCUUCUCUUCUUGGAAUGGAAUGGAGGUAAGGAGGCUGCCAGAUUUUCUCACUCGGUUCUUGAGCUCCAGAAUUUUUUUGCUUUCGCUCGCGCUCGGCUUCGCCCAAUUCUUCCUCUUCUCCUUCUCGCCGAGAGCUUGGACACAGAGGAGCUGCUCGAUCGCCAAAGCCAAAUCAUCCCAGCUUCUCAGAGUUUAUGUCGCCGAUCUUCCUCGCGAAUUCCACCAUGGCCUCCUCGAGAGCUACUGCCGCUCCCAGAACUGCUGCUCCACCGGCGAGUAUCCCACGAAUCCUCUGCUCAAGCAGCACAGUGCCGAGUUUUGGCUCCUGCGCGAUCUGCUCGACAGCCCCUCCAAGAAGAAGGAAAACUUUGUUCGAGUGUGGGAUUCCCGGCUCGCGGACGUUGUCUUCGUGCCAUUCUUCGCGGCUCUCAGCGCUCAAAUCCAGCUCAGAGGUGGCCACCGUGGCGAGUUUCGCAAGAAGAGCUCCAAAAACUCCGACUUUGAUCGCCAGCGGCGAGUGGUGGAGCUUGUCACCAGCAGUCUCGAGUGGAGGCGGAGCAAUGGAGUCGACCAUGUCUUCGUUCUCGCUGAUCCCAUGGCUAUGUGGCACGUCCGCGAGCAAAUCUCCACCGCGAUGUUCCUGGUGGUCGACUUUGGAGGAUGGUACCUGGAGGAUGCCAAGAACAAGCUGAAUUCCUCCACCAUCAUCCAGCACUCCCAGGUCUCUCCGAUCAAAGACGUGAUAAUCCCCCACACGCACUUGCUGCCACCCUUGAAAAUCGCGGACGAUCAACACCGGACUGUUCUCCUGUACUUCAGAGGAGCUCGCCAUCGUCACAGGAGCGGGCUUGUCAGAGAAAAGCUCUGGAAAAUCUUAGACAACGAACCAGAAGUUUUGCUCGAGAAAGGACUUCCAGACGAUGCCGGUCUUGCGGAAGCCACACGAGGCAUGAGAAGCUCCGAGUUUUGCUUGACUCCGGCGGGAGACACUCCCAGUUCAUGCAGGCUUUACGACGCCAUCGCGAGCCUGUGCAUUCCAGUGAUUGUCAGCGAUGACAUCCAGCUUCCAUUCGAAGGCUUUGUGAAUUACGAGGAGUUUUGCGUCUUCGUGUCAACCCGAGACGCCACACAACCCGGAUGGCUUGUCCAAAAGUUGCGGAGCAUUGGCAGCGAGGAGAGAAGCACGAUGAGACAGACGCUGUCGCGUGUCCAGAGGUAUUUCGAGUAUGAUAAUGCGCUUACGGACGGAGCUGUGAGCUUGAUAUGGUCAAAAAUCCAUUCCAAAGUUCCUAUGAUCAAGGAGAGCAUUGCGAGGUUUAGAAGAAAUAGGAAAAGUGGUAGCUUACCGUCGGCUAAGCGGUGUCACUGCGUUUCAUGAGCCUCUUCGUUACGAUUUUUUGUAAAUCACGGGAGUGUUCCUGUUGGAAGGAUACAAAAAA